CCGAGCUGCUCGGCGGCGGCGGCGGCGGGGGAUGGUCCAGCGGGCGCGAUGGCCCCCGCCAUGCAGCCGGCCGAGCUGCAGUUCGCCCAGCGGCUGGCGUCUCACGAGAAGGGCAUCCGGGACCGCGCGGUGAGGAAGCUGCGCCAGUACAUCAGCGUGAAGACGCAGAGGGAGACAGGAGGUUUCAGUCAAGAAGAACUUCUAAAAAUAUGGAAAGGGCUCUUCUACUGCAUGUGGGUGCAGGACGAACCCCUCCUACAGGAGGAGCUAGCGAACACUAUUUCCCAACUCGUCCACGUUGUUAACAACUCAGAGGCCCAACACCUGUUCAUUCAAACCUUUUGGCAAACAAUGAAUCGAGAGUGGAAGGGGAUAGACCGGCUGCGCCUGGGCAAAUAUUAUAUGCUGAUCCGCCUGGUCCUGAGGCAGUCCUUUGAAGUUCUCAAGCGACAUGGCUGGGAAGAAAGCCGAAUCAAGCUCUUCCUGGAUGUCCUGAUGAAAGAAAUCCUGCAUCCUGAGAGCCAGUCUCCUAAUGGAGUGAAGUUCCACUUCAUUGAUAUUUAUCUGGAUGAACUAUCCAAAGUGGGAGGGAAAGAGCUUUUGGCAGAUCAGAAUCUCCAAUUUAUUGAUCCAUUCUGCAAAAUUGCUGCCAAAACUAAGGACCAGACACUGGUACAGACUAUAGCUAGGGGUGUGCUGGAAGUCAUCGUAGACCAGUCUCCUUUCGGACCAGAAGAGACCCUCGAGGAACAGAAAGCCCAAGGGGGGGAGAACGAGUUCUCCGAAGAUGAGAUGCCUGAAAACGAGGUGGCGUGGAGAAAACCAGUCAGUAAAAAGAAGCCUGCGCUGGGCAAGCAGCACUGCAGAGAGGACGGGGUCCACGGCGACGGGGAGAGAGGCGGUGGGCGCCUGGAGGACGCUGGGCCCCUGCUCCAGUUCGACUACAAGGCUGUUGCGGACCGGCUCCUGGAGAUCACCAACAGGAAAAACAUCCCACCCUUCAACAGGAAGCGUCUCUCCAAACUCAUCAAAAAGUUCCAGGAUCUUUCUGAAGCAGGCAGUAUAUCUCAGCUCACUUUUGCCGAGGACAUUUCUGCUGAUGAAGAGGAGCAAACCCUCAACCGAGGAAGACACAAGAAAAAAGGAAAUAAACUUUUAGAGAAAACCGAGCUGGAAAAAGAGAGAGGAAACAAGUUCUUUCUUGCUGAGGAAGAGGAGGGUGAAGCCAGUGUUCAGAAGAGGAAAAGGAAGAAGAAGAAGAAGAACCACCUCCAGCCUGAACAUUUAGGGCCGGGCGCUGAAGCCAUGCCCCCAGAACAGAACGGAGGUGGCGAGCCGGAGGCCGGUGCGAGCAGAGCCCCGAGGACGCCGGCAGCAGAGUCCAGGCCGGCAGCCACCCCAGGCCCCCAGGAACAGGGCGGCACGGGGCCCCCCGCAGCCCACAGCAGGAGGAAACGGCCCAAGAAGAAGAGCUCCAGGGUCCAGGCCGGGAGCACGGAGUCCACAGCACUGCCGCCCCUGGAGGACGCGGCUCCUGGCGGCCCCUGCAGCGCCCGUGCUCAGGACCCGGCUCCGAGAGCCACCCCCGCUGGCGGGGCCCCGGUCCCGAAGAGGAAGCGGAAACUCGGAGCCCUCCCGGUCAACGGCAGCGGUCCCCCCGCAUUGGCCUGGCCCCCACCUCCGGGCGGGAGGCUGAAGAGAAAGAAGGCAGAGCUCGGCAGCCCCGACGUACACAGCCCGUCCAGUCAGAAAACUGCCAUCUUGAAAAAGAGGAAGAAGGUGAAGGAGACGUCUGACUUGGCAGCGCGUGGCGCGGUGUUGGAGUCCGAGGCCACACUCAGGCAGGCUCUGGGAGACGGGGGCGCCUUAGGCCCCUCGAAGAAGCAGCAGCUGAGGACGGAGAACGACUUUGUGAGGUUCGACACUGCCUUCUUACCAAAGCCGCUGUUCUUCAGAAAAGCCAAGAGCAGCGCCACUGCCACUUCUGCACACCCUGCCCUGCAGCGAGACAAGAUGCCGUCCACCUCCAAGAAGGUCACCUUCGGGCUGAACAGAAACAUGACCGCGGAAUUCAAGAAGACAGACAAGAGUAUCCUGGUCAGUCCCACGGGCCCCUCCCGAGUGGCCUUCAACCCUGAGCAGAGGCCCCUCCACGGAGUGCUAAAGACGCCCACGAGCUCACCUACCAGCACCCCUCUGGGGACCAAGAAGCUGCUGACCACCACGCCAAAGAGAAGGCCGACCGCUAUGGACUUCUUCUAGGAUAGUAGCAGGGUCCUUUUAGAGACUGUUUUUGUACAGAUAUUCUAUAAAUUAUAACUUUAAAAAGGUGGGGCCUUUUUUUAUUGUUUUAUAAAUCCCCAUAAAUUGUAUAAACAAGGUUCUGAGUGGGAGCUGCUGCUGCUCCAUCCUUCUGUGGGGGCUGUGGGCAUCUGGCUGAAGGUUUUACAACAGAUGCUGUUGGCACAUGAGCCCCUCAGGUGUGCAAAUGACCUCUGUGACCCCCACCGGGGUGGGAGCCUGGAGAUGCCGUCCCCGUCCGCAGACUGCAGAGCUGGGGUGCUCGGCGCCGUGCCUGCCGUGCCGGGUGGCUUUCCGGUGGCCUUCCUCCCCUGUCCGUAGGUGUCCAGCCAGGUGCCUGUCACCGGGUCAGCAGGAGGCACGUAGCCCUCCCUGCGGCAGGGGCGGGGAGAGAAGAGCCUCCGCCCUCGGGACGCCUCCUUCCUCCCCUGGGCCUUGUUCCCCUCCUUGUGUUCCUACCUCUCAGGCCAGCCCAAAGUGUCUUCCCUGGUGAGCACCCCUGGCGGCGCUCACCCGGGACUCCGAGCACACUCCUCCUUCCGGGUCCUGUGCUCCGCCUGCCCUUCUGACCUUUCUCCGUAAGCCUUCGAGCCAGCACCCUGGUGACUGGCGUGCCCAAAAGCAGCUUUCCUGACUUAGACUAAAAAUCAUUUCUUCAGAGGUGUGGCUGCGGUGUCCGAAAACCUGCGUUCCUGCUGGAAGGUGGAAAUCAGCCGUUAAGAAUUGUUCAUAUUUAUUUGUUCGUAGCUACCUUUUAUCUGAAAUGCUGAAGCUUGCACUUAAGGUUCUUAGAGACUUCUGAUUUUCGUUAAUGACAGACGUUGGUGGCAGGUGCUCAGACAUGAGCGGGGGAAGCAGGGACAGAGCAGAGGGAAACCGCACCAGCCCUGAGCCCCCGUGAUGGACAGGAUGCAGAUUCCGAAAUCAAGUGGUCACCUCUGGAAGGCCCCUGGAGUUUACGGCGCCGUGUUGAGUUUACGAGAUAACAAAUCGCACACCUAAAGAAGAGGUCUGCGACGUGGGGGCUAUGGUGUUGGCGCGCGGGUGCUCCGUGCUUUUCCAGCCCGCCCUCCACUCGGGACCUCAGGCCUCCUCGGACGAAGGCUGCCUCCGCCCCAUGCAGGGUCCCCAGCGUCUCCCCAAAACCCAGGCAGCCCCCUUGGCUCCUCCCCACGAGAGGGCCCCAGCACUGCCUCAGUGAGACCAGCCAGUGCCUCUCGUGACAAGGGAGGCCGAGCCGCUGGGAUCGCAGGGUUGUGUUGAUUCGACUUUGGUUUCUUAAUCACGUCAUCAGGGCGGGGCCCUGCGUGCAAAUACCGCCCCUGCAGGGUCAGGUGGGCCAGCUGGCGAUGGAGGCCCCCCCAGAAGGAGGGAUGAACCUUGUCCUUUUCCUGCUCUGUAAUAAAGUUUUGUCAUGAUUAGUCCACGAGAAGAGAAAUAACUAACACUGAGCUGUCAAAUAGUCGUUGUACUGAGAAGUCUUAUGUACGGGAUGGUUUUGUGGUGCUUGCAUGGGGUUUAUGUGCUGCAUCCCGUAAGAUAGUUAAAUCACGUUCAAAACCAAAUCUGAUAGUGUGAGAAGAUGAGAUUUGAACAUUCAAAUAUUUUUAACUUUUUGUUUUAAAAAAAAAGUUUCAUGAUCCUCAGCCGGAUUAUUUUUGUAACAGUUUUCAUUUUAGCUUUAAAGAUGGAGCACGUAGUCCAGCGGCGUUAAAGGUGUUUCAUCAAGAGGUUCGAGGGCCCGGUGGGCACGGCUGCCCCCAGGUGCAUGCUGGACGCUCUCCACAGAGCACACGCCCGUCCCUGCUCAGAGGCCCUGGAGGAGUGUUAGAGACGCCCCUGCCGCACCGCCGCGCCUCUCGAUGCCAUCCCUCCCUCCCUCCCUCCCUAAAUCUGUCCCAACUUACUCCAUUUUGUGGGUAAGUUCAGUGGGUUUACUGUGGCUUAAUUUUAAUGCCUACAUUUUGGCAGCAAAGAGAGGGAAAAAAACUUUUUCUUAAUUCACAUUAUGUAUCCACGCAACAAGAGUGUGUCACACAAAGAAAACGUAUUUAGAAUACCAGUUUUCUACUCGAUGCGUGUUCUUUUCUUCGGCCAAGUUGCCAAGGGGACUUGGAGUCCAAAACUGGAAAUAACUCACAUCAAUGCUGGUGUUCCUGCGGUAUUCUGUAAAACGGUCAUCUUCCCCCGACCCCACACGCCUGGUUAGUUUUGUACAAUUUGGUAUCACAGUUUAUAAACGUACAAUCCUUUCUGACUCCUGUUUACCUGAAAGCACAAAGGAGGGUCCGGGAAACCCGGAGGCGAUGAUUAGUGUGGGAAGGACAUGACACGGAACCGUCCUCUGAUCCGUUCGCUCUGAACCGACCUGGCUCUGCCGGCAGGGACGGUGUGCUCACCACCAGCCUGUACGCGCGCCUGCAGAGUGCCUGUCGCGUCAAAGCCAAGUCCAAUAAACCAACCCUGUCUUUGCACUCA